AUGGCUGUCAAAGGUGCUAAGAAGGCUGUCCAUUUCGGCGCCGGCAAUAUUGGCCGCGGAUUUGUUGCCUGCUUCCUUCACAACUCUGGCUACGAAGUUGUCUUCGCUGACGUCGUUGAUCCUCUUAUUGAGAAGAUCAACUCGGCACCAUCUUAUAAGGUCAUUGAAGUGGGCUCUGAAGGCACCACUGAAAACACGAUUACAAACUACCGCGCCAUUAACUCAAAGACCCAUGAGGAGGACCUCAUCAACGAGAUUGUCACUGCCGAUGUCGUUACCUGCUCUGUUGGUCCCAACAUUCUCAAGUUCAUUGCUCCUGUCAUCGCCAAGGGCAUUGACCGUCGCAGCAACGAUGACUCGCCGCUGCACGUCAUCGCUUGUGAGAACGCCAUUGGUGCAACCGACACACUGGCUCAGCACAUCAAGGAUCCUCGCAACACCCCCUCAAUUGUACCUGCGCAAGACCCCAACGCGGGCCUUGAUGUCACUCUGGAGAAAUUCUUCGAAUGGGUAGUCGACAAGACCCCAUUUGAAGAUAUUGGCAUUCCCUCUAUUGAGGGUAUCAAUUGGGUGGACAACCUCGCCCCGUUUAUUGAGCGCAAGCUGUACACUGUCAACACUGGACAUGCUACUGCGGCCUAUCACGGCUACAAUCGAAGGAAGCGCACCGUUUACGAUGCUCUGCAAGAUAAAGAUAUCAUGAGCGAAGUUCGUGGCGCGCUGAUGGAGACCAAAAACCUCAUCGUCUCCAAGCACGAAUUCGAGGAGGAUGAUCAGGCUGCUUAUGUCGAAAAGAUUAUCAAGCGUAUUGGUAACCCUCACCUGGAAGACGCUGUCGAGCGCGUGGGCCGUGCGCCUCUCCGAAAACUCUCCCGAAAGGAACGUUUUAUUGGUCCCGCUGCCGAGCUUGCUGAGAACGACCAACCCAUCAAGUUCCUGCUGGAUGCCAUCGAGAUGUGCUUCCGUUUCCAAGACGUCGAAGAGGACGAAGAAUCCAAGGAACUUGCCAAGAUCAUGUCUGACAAUAGCGCAGAAGAAGUUGUCAGCAAGGUGUGCGGCAUCCAAACAAGCGAGAAGAUCCACCCUGCCCUGGUUUCAAUCGUCAAGCGUGUCCAGGAAGACAGCCGUGAGGAUUGA